AACUUACGUUUUUUUAAAUGUUUGACACUUGGUUUUGUGUUUGAUCAGUCAAAUCGCAUGUAUUCAGGGCCUCAUCUGCGGAUAUUUAAUUGUGGCAGAGAUCCGACUGACAUCCAGACGGGCGAGGAACAAGGAACGAGACUAAUCGACUACUUCACCUGAGAUUACAUUCCAGUUGCAGAGUGCUGUGAGAGCCCUGAACCAUGCGUCCUGUUGUGGUUACAGCCGUCCUUCUUCUGGUGGUGCUGAUGUUCACGUCGGACUCCGCAGCCUGGGAUCCUUCAGAAAUGUGUAGGACCAAAUAUCCGGCCAAACCGUGUAAAAACACCAACCGUGGCGACUGGCUCCAGAUGGGUGACAACUACUGUGUGAAGGCGUUCUUCAAUACUGAGCAUUUGGGCUUUUUUGCGGCAGACAGAGCCUGUAAAGAAUACCCAAAUGGCCAUCUGGUAUCGAUCCACAAUGACGAUGAGCUGUCCAUAGUGCAAUGCGCCAUGUACAAAGCCACCACCGGAAAAGCUCACUACUGGAUCGGGGCCUUUUUAACGAUUCGUGGUUCAGGUCUUGAGUGGGCUUGGGCCGAUAACACCAAGUUUGACUACAGCAGAUGGGCUGGUGGCCAGCCUGACAACUAUCAGUACAGCGAGGGCUGCGUUGAGAUGAACUACUCGGACUGGGCACUCUGGAACGAUUUGAACUGCAAAGACAAGAGGCCCUACGUGUGUGCAGUGAAGGUCUAGUGGUUCAGAGAGAACCCGAAGACCAGCAGUUGGACCGGUCUGCUUCAACUGGAACCUCUGCAAGCUUUUACUGCAAUAAAUAUUCAGCAUCAGAAAUGCUAA